GCCACGUCUCUAUGGCGGCCACACGGCAGUCCCCGGAGCGGAGCAGCAUGAUCGCGGGAGGAGGCGCCGAGGACGCGGCGCGGUUCCGAGAGGGCAGUCCCGGAGGGGAUGACUUUGCCCCGUCGCCGCUGGGGACCCGAGAGCAUUGGGAUGCUGUCUAUGAGAGAGGACUGAACAAUUUCCAAGACUAUGGAGAUAGAGGAGAAAUCUGGUUUGGGGAGGAGAGUAUGAAUCGACUGAUAAGGUGGUUGCAGAAACACAAGAUUCCAUUGGAUGCUUCAGUGCUUGAUAUUGGAACUGGAAACGGUGUUUUCCUGGUUGAACUUGCAAAACUUGGUUUCUCUAAUAUUACUGGAAUUGAUUACUCCCCCCCUGCAAUACAGCUGUCUGGAAGUAUUAUAGAGAAAGAAGGUUUAUCUAACAUUAAGUUGAAGGUAGAAGACUUUUUGAAUCUUUCCACAGAGCUGUCCGGAUUUCAUAUUUGUAUUGACAGAGGGACUUUUGAUGCCGUAAGCCUUAAUCCGGACAAUGCAAUUGAGAAGAGGAAGCAAUAUGUGAAAUCUCUCUCCAGGGUGUUGAAAGUGAAAGGCUUUUUUCUAAUAACCUCAUGUAAUUGGACCAAGGAAGAGUUGCUAAAUGAAUUCAGUGAAGGAUUUGAACUUUUUGAAGAGUUACCGACACCCAAGUUCAGCUUUGGAGGCAGAUCUGGAAGCAGUGUAACAGCAUUGGUUUUCCAGAAAACCUGAGACUUUUGAUUGGACAGAUUCAGUUAGCUUUUUUUAAGGAAGCUCUUCAUCAAAGUAAACCUGACAGAAAACGCAAGUGCAAACAAAUGCUUAGUAAGUACAUGGGAUGCACAUGUUAAAGAGAUAGAAGAAAACAUGAGCAUGUAAGUGGUUGGGUUCAGAGGUCAACAAAGAAUAAUUUUAAAUGUCCUUUUGUAUUUGAAAUGUAAAUAUUUUUCUUUUUGAUUAAAAACAACUUCCUGUACCUGCUGAACACUUAAAAACUUUAAAGCAGUAAAUUAAUUUUCAGAAAGUAUGUAUCCUUGACUUUCGUGCCUUGGUAAAAUUGAAUGGAAUAUAACUCUUUAUUAAGAGUUGACCAAACGAUGCCAGGGCCAGAAUAAUGAGCAAAACAGCUUUCCUAGUGUUAGAGUAUUUAUGAAACAUAAUAAGCCUCCUAUUUUUGGUUGAAUGAUGGUUAUUUUAAAAAAUUAUUUAACAUCUGAGAAAAUCCUCUAGCCUUCGUGUAUACAGUUAAACAAAAAUCAGGUAAAUAUCUCAGUUGACUAGAAAUAUGAACUGAGCUUGUAUUUUGUGGCUGACGGUAUUUUGCACACUGUGAGGGAUAAAUAGGAAGUGGAAGGAGGGCACUGAGAGAUGCUGUCACACGCUAGCACUGUGCCAUCCUGUGACCCUCCCGCGAGUCUCCAGACAGGGAGUACGGACUCCUGUUGGCGCAGGUCCGCCCGCCGGGACGGGAGGCAGGCAGGCGGGGUCUCCCUGCCGCUGGCUCUGCUGCCCCGUCGACGUGUGCCGCCUCCCGGGGCUCGGGCUCUGCUCCUGCGGCACCUGCGGUUCACCAGGGGAAGCGGGGCUGGUCCUUAGAAAAUGUGCUUCGAGAGGUUAGGCAGUUAGUUUUAGGAGCUCUGCAGCAACUGGCACAGAGGCGGCCUGUGGACUGAGGCUGUGCGUCAGCUUUGAUUACUUUUCACCAUCUCCGCACUGGUCUCAAAAGACUGGCCUCAUCAGGAACCGAAUGCAUCCUGCUCCUGAGAGAGGCGGGUGUGCGCCGCAUCACACAGCGUAUAUGCGUGAGCCUUGAGGGACACAGGGGCUAAUCAGUGAGAGAAACGGCUUAUUCAGAGUUUUGAAAAGAUAAGGUAUAUUAGUAUUUAAUGCUGUUUUGUAUUUGGUCUAAUAUUUUAAUAUUGGAGUCACCAAGUGAGGUUUUUAAAAAAAGUGAUGUGGUAUUUGAUGGUUUUUAGCUUUUAGGCCGUUGGGUUACAGAAUGGAAGAGAAGUUUUGUUUGUUGGGCAAAGGUUAACUCCAGUGAUAAAUCUAGCCUUAUAUCCUUUUUAAAAAAUUUUUUAUUUUUUGCCUCAGACUGGGGGCAGAGAGGGUGGUUUGAUUUAGAGCAACAUUAAUCAACCAUUACGAUUACUAUCUGCCUUGCACAGGAUAACUGAAGACAUUUACAUAAACUG